AUGUUUCCUAAAUCUUGUGAUGAAUUAUAUCAAUGUCGACUCUUCAAAAAAAAGUUUCUGGGAAACUCUCCUAGAUAUUUUUAUAUCUUUUUAGAUAAAGCUGUUGUGAAUAAGGUAAUAUAGUGAAUAAAUUAUGUUUAUAGGAGUCUAAUCGUAAAAGAGCAGAUCGUGUUUUUAAUGUAGAAAAUACUAAGAGAAUAGUUUGGAAAUACACCAUAGAAUAACCAAUUAAAUUGAAAGGAAUCAUAUUUGAUAAUGGAAAUGAACAACAAGAGUACUUUGGAGAUGAUGAUGUACUUCGUGAAUUAAAAAAAAAUAUCUCAAAGUUGUUCUUUUAGGCCAAAGUACAAGAAGAAUAUGUGGCUAUGUAAGUGAUUGGAUAAGGAAACUAUGCUCUAGUAUUAAUUAAAUUCAUUAUUAUUAGGUUCUUGAAUUAUAACAUUUACACUCAAAUCAAAAGUUUGCUUCAAAAUGUAUAGAUAAAAAAAAACUAUAGACAAUUGAAUAAGGAAUGGUAAUAAUUUAUUUAAAUUCUAUAGGAAUCUGUGUUGAAUGAAAUUUAGAUAAUGAGAAUCUUAAGUCCACAUGAAUAAAUCAUUAAUUUGAUUGAAGUCUAUGAAGGAGAUAAUAACAUAUAUUUAAUAAUGGAUUUAGCUUAAGGAGGUAGUUUAUAUAAGGAAAUGAAAAAUAAGUUAACUCUAUACAGUAGAAAAGAAGUCUAGAAAGUAAAUAUUAUAAUUUAAGUUAAAGAUUAUGUAUUAGAUAUUAUCUGGCUUAUAAUAUAUACAUUCUAAAGGAAUUAUGCAUAGAGAUCUAAAACCAGAGAACAUUCUUUUCAAAGAAAAGGGGAAUAUAAAUACUUUAACUAUUGCUGAUUUUGGUUUAUCUGUUAAAGUUGAUUCAUAUCCAUAUCUAUAUCCCAAAUGUGGAACUCCAGGUUUUGUUGCUCCAGAAAUAGUUAAUUUGAUAGAUAAAACUUCAUCUUAUACAACAGCAUGUGAUAUAUUCUCUGCUGGUGUUAUUUUUCAUAUUUUACUUUUGGGAGAAGGUUUGUUUAUAGGAAAUGGACAUCAAGAGAUUUUGAGGAUGAAUAAAUAAUUCUAAGUGGAUUUAACAAGAAAUAAAUAUUAAUAAUUAGACUCAGAUGCUAAAGACUUAUUGUAAACUUAAAUUCUAUUAUUAGAUUUAAAAUGAUAGUCCAAGAUGCUGAUUAAAGAUUUACAGCAAAUCAAUGUCUUAAUCAUGUCUACUUUUCAAAUGAAGUUGCUCCCUAAUUAUAACUAAAAAUGUAAUAAUUAAUAAAAUUAUAUCUUAGAUAAGAGAGUCCUACCAAAGUUUCUUUCGAUCACUAUCUAGAUACAUAUAACAGUCCUGAUCAAAAAUUAAUGAACAAAGAUAGCAAAAAAUUAUCAAUAGUCACUAGAACACCUAUAUAUGCUCCAAAAGCUAGUACACCUGAAUUACCAAAACAAAGAUCAAUUAUGGAAGAACUAAGUCCAUUAAGUUCAUUUUCUUUAGAUUAGCUAUGUAAUGAAACUCAAAAAGAAGAUUAAUUCUAAUUUGCUAUUACUAAAUGA